AUGGGUCAGAUCAUAACAACUGAAUGGCAAACCAAAGCACAGAACAAGAGAGCAAGCUUGCGAGCGUCGAUUCCAGAAGAAUGGAGAUUGGAUCAGGAAAUUCUAGAUCGAGCUUCCAAGCAGCGAGAUCUCACCGGGCAAUAUAUUCAACAAUAUCUUGAACCUGAAGAAAUCGCUAUCAUCGGCCAUGAUUCCACCACCAUUGUGGAAAAUAUCCGGAACAAGAAGUGGACUUCCUUACAAGUGGCGAAGGCGUUUUGCAAAACUGCCGCGAUAUCUCAGCAGCUGAACAACUGUCUUCACGAAAUUUUUAUCUCUCAGGCACUUCAGCGGGCCGAAGAGCUUGAUGCUUAUCUUGAGACCCAUGGUACCACUGUGGGCCCCCUCCACGGGCUGCCGAUCAGCCUGAAGGACCAGUUCUAUGUGAAAGGGAUUCCUACUAGCAUGGGAUAUAUUGGCUGGCUUGACACUUAUGAAGGUGAUUCCAACCCAAAGCUUGUGCACAAAGUAGAAAGUCAGAUUGUCGGUGAGCUUCUCAGUCUGGGCGCGGUCUUAUAUUGCAAGUUUGGUGAAACUGUCAACAAUAUUAUCGGUCAAACUUUGAACCCAGUGAACCAGAACUUAUCAUGUGGUGGAUCCUCCGGAGGAGAGGGUGCAUUACAGGCCCUUCGAGGAAGUUCGGUCGGUCUGGGAACUGACAUUGGCGGCUCGGUGCGAAUUCCGGCAGCAUUCUGUGGCACAUUUUCUCUUAAACCGACACAUGACCGUCUCUCUUACCGGAAUGUGGCAAACGUUAUCCCUGGAGAAACGACUUAUCCAUCUUCGGUGGGUGUGAUGGGGACAUCGAUUGAUGCACUGCGCCUGGUAUUGUCUUCUAUUCUAUCCACAGAGCCUUGGCUGCGCGAUCCCGUAGUGGUGCCUAUCCCAUGGCGUGAGAAAAUAGCAGAAGAAACUCUCGCACGAUCCGAUGGUAGCACUCCCUUGAAGCUCGGAAUUUUCUGGACAGAUGACUGGGUUACACCUCAUCCACCGGUUCAGAGAGCAUUGCGCCUAAUUGUCAAAGCAGUCAAAGGAGCGGGCCACAAGGUGGUGGAGUGGACUCCUCCAAGUCAAAAGACCGCAAAACGCGUGCAUGUGAGCUUCUUGAAAGCCGAUAGUGGUUACGAUAUCAACAAGCAACUCGCCUUAUCUGGAGAACCUCUCAUCCCACAGCUUCGCGACUCAUUCACACUCCACAAGCCGAUGUCAUUGCUAGAAUAUCAGGCGCUGACCACUGAAGGACGAGACUACGAAGCAGCGUAUUCUGACUACUGGAACUCCACUUCUGUAGAUGACGCAUACUCUGAAGCAAUCAACCUUAUGGACUAUAGUGCUGUAGUCAUUCCAGUCACAAAAGCAGAUAAGGAAAUAGAUCAAGCGGACAAAACGUACGAACCCUUGAACGAUCUAGACGCGCAGAACUGGGAAGCAUAUGAGCCGGAAAUUUACCACGGUGCACCUGUGGGGCUGCAGAUUGUGGCACGGAAGUAUGAAGAGGAGAAGGUCUGGGCAAUUGGGAAGAUAGUUUCUCAAUGUCUUGAGGGUGCUACCGCAUGA